UUUUUUGCAAGAUGCUGCUUCCUGUAGUUUGUGUUUGGUUUGCUGUCACGGCUUCUAAUGCCAUCGCUGUUUACCAAAGUUUUGAAAACAAAAUCGGUAAUAAUCUUGCCAGUGCUUUAAAAGUUGCGAAAAUAAGCCAGCCCAUUUCAAUUGAUAUUACCUCUCAUUACGUAGUGGGAAAAAGUCACGGAGUUUCAAAAAAUUGUUGGGAUAUGUUACGGAAAUUUCCAAGAUUAAGGGGAAAGGAUGGAGUAUACAGAAUAUCCGUAGGCUCUGAGUUCAAGUCUGUUUACUGUGACAUGAGUACUGAUGGAGGAGGGUGGACGGCAAUACAAAGAAGACAGGACGGCUCUACAGAUUUUUACCGGACUUGGCGUGAUUAUAAACAUGGAUUUGGGCUACCCUCUAAAAACUACUGGAUCGGUAAGACUGACUUGUAG